GGCUCCUCUCACCUGCCGCAGCAGCUGAAGUUCACGACCUCCGACUCCUGCGACCGCAUCAAGGACGAGUUCCAGCUCCUGCAGGCCCAGUACCACAGCUUGAAGUUGGAAUGUGACAAACUAGCCAGUGAGAAAUCGGAGAUGCAGCGUCACUACGUCAUGUAUUACGAGAUGUCCUACGGGCUGAAUAUUGAAAUGCACAAACAGGCUGAAAUUGUCAAGAGGCUAAAUGGGAUUUGCGCACAGGUUCUGCCCUACCUUUCGCAAGAGCAUCAGCAGCAAGUCCUGGGAGCCAUUGAACGAGCCAAGCAGGUUACAGCACCAGAACUGAACUCCAUCAUCCGUCAGCAGCUUCAAGCUCACCAGCUGUCGCAGCUCCAAGCCCUCGCUCUGCCUCUGACUCCACUCCCCGUGGGCCUCCAGCCCCCGUCCCUCCCUGCUGUCAGUGCCGGCACCGGGCUCCUCUCGCUCUCAGCCUUGGGCUCUCAGGCUCACCUCUCCAAGGAGGACAAGAACGGCCAUGACGGGGAUGCCCACCAAGAUGAUGACGGGGAGAAAUCAGAUUAG